CUCCCUUUCUGACGCCAGCCACCAAGCGAGCGAGCGAUGGUGGCGCCCAACCGGAGACGCGACAGCGGCCGGAAGAAGACCGUCGUCCGCCGGAUCGAGCAAAAGGAUGCGCGGCACGUCUGCUACUCCAAGCGCCGCGCGGGGUUCUUCAAGAAGGCCAGCGAUCUGGCGGUCCUGACCGGCGCCGAGGUGGCCGCCCUCGCCUUCUCGCCGGGCGGCAACGUCUUCUCCUUCGGCCACCCUUCGAUUGACUCCGUCGUGGAACGUUUCCUGGCGGGGCAGGGUGCGGGGGCUGGCGCGAGGGGGAAGGUCGCUGCCGACGACCGCUUGCUGGCGGGGGAGGGUGCUGGCGAGGGCGCGGGGGAGGGUGCUUGGGCCGGCGCGGCGGAGGGUGCUGCCGGCGAAGACAAGAAACUAGAGAAGCUGCACCAGGAAUUCGCCGAGCUGGGCACGGAGCUGGUUGAGGCGAAGAAGCGGGCCGAGCGCACUGAGGAAGCCAUGGCGAAGGAGCGCGCCGCGGGGGACCAGAUAGCAGCUUGGUUCGGCCCCAACGUUGGUGACAUUGGGGACGAGGACAUGGCGGCCUUCUUUGCUGCGCUGAUGCAGGUGAAGGAAGUCGUCUCCGACCGCGCCAACGAUGUUCUCCUCGAGGCGAUGCACCUCGACGUGAGCCGCAUGGCGCAGGUGGCCGCGCCAACGAUCUUCGGUGGCAGCACGUUCGAGUUUGGUAGCAGCAGCGGCACCGCCAACGACGGGAUGGAGUUUCAGUUUCUGGUGCCUCCGCCACAGGAGCAGGGGUUCGAGGCCGGGAUGGACAUGCAGCAGAUGGUGAUGGCGGCGCUGCCUCCGUCUCAGGUGGUCGCCGCCGGGAUGGAUAUGCAGCAGCAGACAGUGCCUUCGGCUCAGUGGGUCGACGCCGGGAUCGAUAUUCAGCAGCAGGUUGUAAUGGAGCUGCCUCCGUCUCAGGGGAUCGCCGCCGGGAUCAAUAUGCAGGUGCAGCAGCAGAUUGUGAUGGAGCUGCCUCCGGCUCAGGGGGUCGCCGCUGGGAUGAAUAUGCAGGAGAUGCCUCCGCCGCCGGGGUUCGCCGCGGGGAUUGAUAUGGAUCAGAGGCAGAUGGCGAUUCCUCAGCCGCCGGGAUUCGACGAUGACAUGUGGAUGGAGAUACAGGAGUUGCUUAUGGCGAUGCCUCCCUCGCCGUAGCUCCCUGCCGGGAUGGAAACGAACGCCGGCUUCCUGUGUCCAUGUAUUGUCGUCUAGUUACAUCUGGAUGCAAUCUUUAGUCAAAUUUUAUGUCGUUUCUUUUUUGUCAAAUAAUUAAUGGCUAAAACUGUAUUGUACUG